AUGGGAAAGCUUCUCCUCCUCGGCGACAAUGGCAUUGGGAAGACCAGCCUGUUUCUUCGAUUCUUGGAUAUACCUAUAGGGAUAGAUCUGAUUUUAAAAACCAUUGAGAUGGACGAUGAAUGGGUCAAAUUGCAGAUCUGUGACACAACCGGCCGGCAACGGUUAUACAAAAAAGUCACAAGAGCUUGCUACCUGCAGGCAGCUGAUGGUAUUUUGUUGGUGUAUGAUGUCACAAAUGAGUUAUCAUUCGAGCACGUCAAGGAAUGGGUUCGUAAAAACAUACAUUCUUGUUCUAACAAUGUGAACAAGAUACUGGUGGGGAACAAGGUGGACAUGGCUCUUGCGGAUGCGUGCGGCAUCAUGUUCUUGGAAACCAGUGCAAAGACUAACAAGAAUGUUGAAGACGUUUUCUUUGCAAUAGCCUCAGGCAUUUAA